AUGGAUCCUAAUGUGCAUUUCUGUCUUUGUCCCUCCCUCUUAUCUCCCAAUCGCAUCCCAUUCACCAAUCACCCCCCCCCCCCCACCGACUCCCCAGGUGCGGUGCGAGCCUCCAGCAUCUUCCCCAUCCUCAGCGUCAUCCUCCUCUUCAUGGGGGGCCUCUGUAUAGCUGCCAGUGAGUUCUACAAGUCACGCCACAACAUCAUCCUCAGUGCAGGGAUCUUCUUUGUGUCUGCAGGUUUAAGCAACAUUAUCGGGAUCAUCGUGUACAUAUCAGCCAACGCGGGGGACCCCUCCAAAAGCGACUCGAAGAAAAACAGCUACUCCUACGGCUGGUCCUUCUACUUCGGCGCCCUCUCCUUCAUAAUGGCCGAGAUGGUGGGCGUCCUGGCCGUGCACAUGUUCAUCGACCGCCAUCGGCAGCUGCGGAUAGGGGCGCGCGCGGCCGACUACCUCCAGGGCUCGGCCAUCACGCGGAUCCCCAGCUACCGCUACCGCUACCGGCGCCGCUCCCGCUCCUCCUCCCGCUCCACGGACCCCUCGCACUCCCGCGAGGCCUCGCCGGUGGGCCUCAAGGGCUUCAGCGCGCUGCCCUCCACGGAGAUCUCCAUGUACACGCUGCCCCGGGACACGCUCAAGUCCUCCGGCACGCCCACCGCCACCUACAACUCCGAGAGGGACCACAACUUCCUCCAGGUCCACAACUGCGUCCAGAAGGACCUGAAAGACUCGAGCCACACCAACACAGCCAACCGCCGCACCACGCCCGUAUGA